CCCCCACAGGGCAAAAAUCACGUCAAGGUGGAAGCACUUUCCUACUAAAUAAACCAACCACACGUUUGUCAUACUCCACUCAACAAAUAUCUAAAAUGUCUAAAUCAACAACUGGAGUUUGUUUUUUAAUGUCUCGAAAAUAACCAGCCUCACACGUUGUCAGAGCGCUCAGCUCUAUUCCUUCAGGAUUUCGUAAAAACAGCUUCUUCGCAAAUUAAUUCCGACAGCGUAUGCCGCAAAACUUCCGCCUCGCGUCGCUCGUUACGUAUGGCGGCAGCCAAUGCUUCUCCCCUGUGACCUACAUUCCACGUUCGCUCACGUUGGCGGCCGACGCCACGAUGAGAGCCGCCUUCCCAUUGGCUGCAAUGUCGUUAUGGAAUAAGGUUAGGUAUCCAACCCAGUUUGUGUGUGGAAAAGAUGGCGCAUCACAAUAAAAUGGGUUACACACCGCCUACAAUGGUAGUUCGGAUUCACACUCCCCCCUAGAAGAUACUACCUGUGCACCUUAUUUAUUAAAUUCGUGUGUGGAGUACCUGACACAAGAUGCGCUGGACAAGGCCUCAGACGGAGCCACCUAAGACUUUCAGCCGCACGCUCAAGAAGGUUGCGGUCCCUCUUGCAACCAAACUAGUAAGUGGCAUUGAGUCUGCUGAUCAACAAACCAUGAUGUGAUAGCAGUAAAUAAUUUUCAAAUUUCGUUUUUACGGGUCUAAAUCUACCUCACCACCGAUCUGCUGACCAUGGCUGCUAAGUUUCCCGGAGAUAUUUUCGGAGAGUGUUGUGUCUGCGAGAGGAGCAUUGAAUAUCGAGCAAAGGCUUUUUCAGGUUGUGGUCACAACAUUUGUGAACAUUGCUGGUACAAAUACAAGUUUCCGACUCACUAUUCCUCGAUCCUCUGCCCUAUUUGCGCUGAUCGACGUAAGCGAAGCGAAUCGUUCGUGAACAGUGCUCAGGAAAGCAAUUCAGAUGCAAAUCACGACGAGGGCUGCAUAGCCGAUAUGUUAGGGCCGGAUGUUUUGCUGCAGUUUAAUGUGCAACAAGCGUCAGAUUUGUUUUCCGUCCAAGAGGACCCGCAGGAAUUGUCGCAGCAGCAGAUAUCUUCACAACAUAGGCAUGGCUUGGGAAUAGAGAUGCUUCUUAUCCCACAGAACCAGGAGAUAUCUGGUAGUGUCUGUAUGGUGUGCAACAGUGCAGCAAACCAUGUCUCCGAGUUCAGUGAUAAGCUUCUGUGCAAGCAGUGUGCACAGAUAUAUAAAAAAGCAGUGGCAGAACCUCAAUACACCCAUCCACAUGUCUUUUACUUCGAGGAGCACCCAGUUCAACAGAAGUCUACCUCAAGUCCGACACCCAUCACAUUCACAUUUUUUAAGCAAGAGCAGCCAUGUUCAGUACCACCAUUUCCUGCUGCUUUGCCACCAGAUGACUCCUAUAAUGUAAAACCGGCCUCGCACGUACAGCAGACAAUGCAGCAAAAUUUCCAGCAGCACCAGCUGCCUCGGCAGUUCCAAUCCUCUCAGGUACGCCAGUCUCAGCCUCAGGAAACCCAAUGUUACCAUCUACUUUCUGUACAGCCCCCACCAGUUCCUCGAAACCAUAUUUUGCACAAUCAUCAGAGCCCAUUUUCUAGCGACCCAUUUCAGUCUCAUGAGAGCAGUGCUUCCAAGGUUCGUUCCCAUCAUUCAUCUGCACCUGUUUCGACAGCAAGGGCUAUAACCAACCAUCCCAGUGACUUAAUGACCAACCAGAUUUUUAGUACAUCUCUCAGGUCCUGCAGCACCAAUUCAACAUUGCUUUCUAAUCAGCUUUUGAAGCCAUCUUCGGGGCCUGCAGUGGAAAAAGAUUCUCGUGCCCUCAGCCAAAGAAAUUCUCCAGCACUUGAUUGUACAGAUCUGAGAAAUGAAUUACCUAGUCAGUUUACAAAGCAAUUAUUUCAGGAAAACCAGUUUGAAAGUCAACAGUCCAUGUGGGAGCAAAGUGGCAGAUCUGUCUUGGCACCAUAUGGUGAUUCUUGUAACAUGGAGAGGUUUUCUCCAUUUGGUUUUCAAAACCAGCCAAACCACUGGCCACAUCCAACGUCACCAAUUUCAUCGCUGGUAGAAAAAGCAUCUUCACUGCCUGUAGGUUCAGUUCAUUCUCAGAAGAGUCCAAUACUCACUUCAAAUGAUAAAUUGUCUUUUCAAGUUAAUGGCCCAAACAGCCACUUGCGUGUGUGCAGUUGCAGCGAAGUGUCUAACAAAUGUACAGAAGAAUCAGAAUGCCGGGUAGGCAUUCAAAAUAGCUCCAGUGAGGAUUUGACCCAAUGGGACCAGAUAGCAGAGUUGUGGGAUAAGCUUCAUUUAAUAGAAAGGGACAGGGAAUCAUAUAAAGAUUACUUGUUUGAACAGCCAAUACUGAUUGACAAUAGGGAAGACACGGUGUGUGCUGAAAUAAAAGAUCACUUCAGGAUGAUCCAAGAAAGCUGUCUGAAACGGAGCAAAAUAAGUUGGUUGAGAGUCACAAGAUUGCUGAAGGCAAACGUGCAACAUUGAAAGAAUACUUGCUUAAAACCGAAGCAGACCUGGCCGAGAUACGCCGGUUAAUGUCUAGCAUUAGGCGUACACUGGAAUUGGAGCAAGGCAUUGCAGCUUGCCCUCAGAGUGCAGAUAUUGUAGCUUUCUUGCAGCGGCUGCAAGAAGAAACCCUUGGCCCAUUCAAUGUAAUGGAUUACAAGUUUUUGCCUCCAGAUGAGAAAGUCCUACAAUAUAUUUCUGCCAUUGGAUCAGUCACCUCAGAAUCUGAACCAAAGUCAUGUAUAGUUAGGAGUGAAGAUCUUCACUACACAGUUUGUGGAGGCAAAGGAAAAUUUGUUGUUAUUCCACAAAAUGCUGCAAACCAGUCAGUGUGUGAUCAAGGAUUUUCAGCCUACAUAACAACUCCAGACAAAAAGGAGCACGCACUGAUAGUAGAUAAAAUAGAUGAAAACUAUAUUUUUAAUUUCACAUUUUCAGACAAAGGCAAACAUACACUGAUGAUCAAGGUUCGGGGUCACCGGGUUGCUGCUAGCCCAUAUACUAUCAAUUGUCAAGAGGGAUAUACCUAUGUCAGCUUAUCAAAGGGACCAGAUGCAGUCUUCCUUGACCGCGGUGAGCUGAACAGAGCAUGGGGAAUGGCUGUCAAUAGGUCUUCUCCCAGAUUAUACAUAGCAGAUCGUGGGAAUCACAGAAUUGUUGCUUGCUCCAUUAAGGAGGGUCAUCAUGUCGGUCCUAUAGAGUUCACGUUUGGUGAAGAGGGAGAAGGACCAGGACAGUUCAAGAAGCCAGUAAGUGUGGCAUAUAGCACAUUUGAUGGCAGGGUUGCAGUUGUGGACAAGGACAACCAUAGAAUACAGGUAUUUACAGAAAAGGGGCGCUUUCUUUUUGAGGCUGGGGCGCUAACUGCAUCACAUCAAGUCAAGAAGCCCCCACCACUGGCCUUCAACUUUCCAUGGGAUAUUGCAUAUAGUCCUGAUGGAAAUAUGGCAGUAUCUGAUUCCAAGAAUAAUCGGAUACAACUUUUAGAUAAGGAUGGAAACUUCCUCAAGACUAUAGGUGAAUCAUUCCUGCUGGACAGUGUUCGAGGUAUUACCUUUGACAGCCAGGGAAAUCUUUAUGCUACAGAUUUUAAUUUUCACAGGCUGGUGGUUUUUGCAGCAUCAACUGGUUUUGCAGCAUUUGCAGUUUAUCGAGUGGCAAAGGCAGAUGGUCUGACUGGGCUAAAUCGUCCGCAAGGGAUUUGCGUGGACAGGUUGGACAAUGUUCUCUUAGCUGAUUCAAAGAAUAUGAGAAUAUUGGUAUUUUCUAAGGAGCUUUUUGGCAGUUUUCUAGCUGAUCCUACUUCAAGUAAUGAAACGGCAUUAUGUUGGCAUGUCACGUGAAGUCCUUCUUCAUCCAACUGCCAUAUACACAACACCAAAUCGUGAAGGCAACACGCAACGACUCCUUAGCAUCGCUUCAGCACCUGAUGGUUCACUGCUGUGCAUGUAUCAGUCUGAAGAACGCACGUCAUCUUUGUCCAAUUCUGAUGAAUCUCUGGAGAAUGGUGGAACAAGAAGAACUGUGAUGGGGAACUGUGAGAGUAGAAAUCACACAUUGCCAUUUCCGCUGAGAAGAAGAGCUGGAUCUUUGAUGAAUAAUGGUAAGGACAGCCUGAAGAAUGAUGCUGGGUCAUCAAGGGCUGGAAGCAAAACUUCCAACAGCAUUCAUGGUGUGAAAAAUGCAGUGUGGCUUUUUUUGCAGGAUACAUCCUGCAAUCCUAAACAUUUUUAGCUCCAAAAUGCUUGAAGCUUCAUGUUCUAGAAAGGGGCAUUCUAGCUUUGUUGCCUGUGCUUUGUCUGUUGAUGCCUCAGGGAUUUUACAUGUAUUUUAGGACUCUAGUUUUGAUGCAGCCUUUUGAUGUGUUACCACAUAUUAUAUGGACUUAAUCUCAUCACUUUUGCAUUGUCCAUUUGUAGAUUUGCAGUCUAACAAUCGCUGUUCUAUCGUUGACAGUUAUUCUUGGUAAACAUUUAUUUUUUAGCCUUUUCUAAACAUCUUAGGCAUGUCUAACAUUUUUCUUCCUUUUUUUGUCAUUUUGUAGAGCUCUCAUGUUUUAGGGUUUGCACUCAGUGGGCAACAGGUCUGAUGCAUGAACUGAGAAAACUACAAGCUCAGGUACAAGCUGCAGUGUGUCUGCUUCAUAUAUGGGAAAUAGAGGGUUUGUGUAAAGUCAGACUGGCAUUUUUAUGGAUAAGAGGCCUGUAGUUUGCAGAUGCAUUGACUACAGAGCUCCGCACCAUUUCCUUUUUUCCAAACAGUGACCUAACACUGUCAUGCGACCAUUGUAUACAGAUUUGAUUGUUAAAAGGUUUCUUGUUCAGACUAAUGUGGAGUUAUUUUUUCCCCCACCUGUAACCUCUCACCCAUCCCCCCUAUCCCUCUCCACUUCCCAGUCCCACCAACCGGGCUUGUACUUUCAGACCACACUUUUCCAUGUAGUUUCAAUGUGUUGUCUGGGUUCAAGCAUCAGAGCCAGUUUUUUGACUUGGGCAGCUUGCAGGUGUUUUGCAUAAAUUAUGUGACAAAUCCCAGAUGAACGAUUACUGUUUUCAGAUAACAAUGUGAUGUGAUAGUGUCUUGUGAGACCAGGAUGGCGUACUUUUGUGUUUUUUGGACUGUGGCUCAAGGAUCCUCAAGUGAUCGGUAAAGUGUUUUAUUAUUAAUUUGUUGUUUGUUCAGGUGACCGGUGAUUGUUUUAAUUGUUUUCAUCUAUCAUUGCUGCGACACUGUGAGUGUUUGUCAUGAAGACAGAGCCUCAGAGGCUUCAUGCAGAAGUGGCUGUCUGAAAAACAGCAUGAUGUGUAUGAUGUGCAAGCACAUGUACACAUAUGAGUUUUGUCAAUCAUAAGCUAGAGCAGACAUUUAUCCUUUUUAUCCUGAAGAGCAGACAUUUAUCCUGAAUCAAAAUUGAAAGUGAGAUUAUGACAGCUGUCAUGCUCCAUGCUAGCCUUCUGCUCUCAAAUUAAUUUAAAGAUGGCAUUUCUCAAAGAAGCCUCCUAGUACUAUUAUAUAUUAAAAAAAAGAAAUCAUUGCAGACAUAAACAAGUUUUGCUGGCAUUUGCAUGGUGGUUGCCUGGCAUUGUUUUUAUUGUAAUCAAACGCUGGUGACAUGUUCAGCAACAAGACUUAAAUUUUUGAGGGCGCAUUUGUGGGUAGAUAGCUCCAACGUUGAUUAUGCUUUAAUUAUGACUUGCCGUGUAAUUAAAAUGUUAAGUGUGUGACAGUCAUGUGAAAAAGUGCACAAUGCACAGAUGUGGCAAAGAAGAUAACUCCUGUAUUCAUAAUUAUCUUGAAAUGUAGAUCUUGUGUCACUGCCAUUGCUCACUUGUACUUCGCAACAAAAAUUAAGCUAAAAGAUACAUGCAAAAGUACGUUCUGCAGCUGUCCAGCUUUUGAGUGCUUUUAUUGUGGAGUUGUCAAUGCUUUUUCUCUCAGGGCUUUGCUUUUAGGACUGAAAUACUGCUUGAGCUUGAUAAUUUUGUCGGGUUGUUUUUGGCAGUGUCAGAACAAUUUAGCAUGUCACUGGUCCAAGCUUGUUUUUUUUUAAAUCUGGGAUUACAUGUUUUUCUUUGUAUGUUUUAAUAUCAAAAGUGUUUUAUAACUUUUUUCUUAAAUGUGAAAGGGGAUCAUUAUUGACUACUUUGUAUUUUUGUUGAUUGUUCAGGUAUAUAGCAAGUUCUCUGUUAAUUAACUAGAGAAUUUUACAGGCUUUAUAUUGUUUUACCUUUUAUGAUUUUACUUAAUAAUGUACUACAGUACUCAUAUUGCAAACUGUGGAACAGGAGUACUUUAUAUCAUGAACUUACAUUUACUGAGCAUUUAGGAGUUUAUAUAGGUUAUAUAGCUUGAUGUGGUUUACACUAAAAGGGAGAGCUCAGUUAUGCUCAGUGGUGAUUAUGGUAACUGACCUCGGGGAAAUCUCUCCAAUAUAUUUAUGUCAUGCAACAGUGAAGAUUGGCAGCUGAACUAAUGUUGAUGACCUGCCAUAUAUGACACCAUGGUGAAAAUGCUUUUAUACUUUUUUCUGAAAAACAUGUUUAGGUAAAUGCAGUUCAUUUCAGCAUGUGUAUUACACAGUUGACAGCACCAGAAGCAUGUGCAUUAUUAGGCUACUUUAUACCUCUUACUGUUCUGAGACUGGCUACAAAUUCUAAACACAUUAGUUGUGGUGCUAGGAAACAGAAUAUCACUAACAUUUCUGUUUCUUUCUCUCUUUUUUUUAAAUCUGCAAAUGCACCUAAAAAUCUUGGAUGUCGUCCGUGUAUUGGAUCCAUACAGAUUUGAAGCUUUUAGUGCUGUCUAAAUUCCUUCUUCAGAGAGACUGUACUACCUACAAAGUACCUCCAAGAACUUCCCUUUUUUAAGUACCAUUUUUGUGCUCAUGAAUUGUUAACUAAGUCAAGAAGACAAUGAUUUUGCAAAUUAUGAGAAGCCCAUCUCAUCUACUUUUAUCAUUUGCUCAUGAUUUAUAAAUAAGGUAAAAUGGGAAUUAGUCUAUUUUACAAUAAAAGAUAAAUAGCAAAGAAUAUUUAUUACUAAGCAGGAAUGGAUCACUGGAAUAAAUUCUAGAUUGGAAAACAGCUGAGACUUCCCUUAGGCUGAAAGUGUUGCUGUUUCUGUGUCAAGGCAAGAUUAGGUUUUAAUUUCAUUUGAAAAUUGAGCAAGAUUAAGGGUUGUUUUAUCUUGUUGUUCUGGUAAGGUAUAAAAUUUUAACAGUUCACCCACGAAUGUGAACAUCUUCAUAGAUGUAGCUCAAUCGCAUUGAUACACCCAUAUUGAAUGAAUUCAAACCUUUCUCUAAAAUAUCUUCAUCUUCUAAAGGUUGCUCGUGAUUUUAUGGCAUUUCAAAAAUAAAAAGAAUAAACCUGUGACAUUAUAAUAAAGAUAAAUGUAUUCAUUACUAAGCAUGAAAUCCUUAUAGGAUUGCAAAAUCUGAAUUUAGAAAGCAGGGCUGAGACUACCCAGAGUAGGCUAAAUGUGCAUUAUUGGAUGUCAAGGUAAUUUACAUAAGAAAAUGAGAAAGGUUUUCCUUGUAGAUGUUGUGUUCUUAGUUAUGUGUGUGCUUCAGUUAAAAGAACAAUGUCAAUAUUUUGUUCUUUUUUUGGAUAGUGGUUUGUGCAAAUAGUUGUAGAGAAAAUAGUUCCAUCAAGGAGGUUUGGUUUUUUUUUGCAGUUUUUUUCUUGGAUGCAUGAUAGGAUCACUAGAUAUUUUCUCAUCUACAGCAUGUGUUUAGUUGACCACACUAAACUUGAGCCAUUUCAAACAUUUUUGAAGCUUUGCUCAGUCUACCGGUAAACUUUGGACCAACUUUGGUUUCUGACAUAAUGUGAAAGAGUAAUUAGUGUUAAUUAUGAGAAGCAUGCAGGACCAAGUGAGCUGCAGAUUAAGGUAUGUUUUAAAAGUCCAGCUUUACUGUCCAGAAGAGAAGCAAACACAACCAACAUACUGUUCUUAGAGCAGUUUUCAUUCCUGCCAACUUUGUGCUAAAACUUCCUUGAAAAGAGUUCUACACAUCUUGGAGAGAUUUCUGAUCCAUAUAGGCUCAGCAACAUGAUUGGUGAACCGUUCUUAGAACAAAGUGGGUGCCAUUCUUUGUCCUCAGUGUUAACUGUUUCCUAGUCCUAAACAUGUUCAUAGAACAUUCUAUUAAUGAUAACUCAUUAUCAUUUACAUCAUCCAAUAAAAAAUUGAUAAUUUUUUUUAAUUUAAAGUAAUGCAAAUGAUCAGUACAUAAGAGAAUUUUUAAAAUGUUAAAUUGAAAAGCAUUUAUGUACUGUUAUUGUGAAUAAUUUUCUUUUAGGAUAAAUAUUUACAAGGAGAAUAUUUUAUCAAAUACCAUCAUAUUAUCAAAAACCCUUUCCCAAGAACUUCCAGUCGGACAUGGUAAGUCCAUGUGAUGAAGGUGAAAUAUGUUGUUCUGUAAAAUUCCUCAGAUUGGUCACCAGAUAAUUGUUCUUGUACAUGCUUUUGAUGGCUCAGAUGUAAAGAUGGUCAUCUGUUGGAACUGAAAUAUAUUUGGUAUAUAGAAUGCUGCGAAUGAAUGGAAAAUGCAACAAAAUCUCAGGUGUCAAGAAACGCAUAUAGUUUGUUCCUUAAUCACUGGCUGUUGCUGGUGUUAUCUAACAAAAUCCUCAUACAUCAACAGUCUUUACAUUGUUUCAAGGUUACCUCAAAGCUUGACGUUAAUAACACCAAGCAAAUUGAUUUUUUUUCUUCUUAAUUUUGGGGAAUAAUUGUUGUGUGCGCUUUGUUGGUUUCGACCUUUUACUACCUCCUUUUUAAAAAUAAAGUAUUGAAACCUU